AUGGACCAGUGCAGGUCCCGGGCCAAAUGGCAGGGGGUGGGAAGCCCAGCCCCGCAGCCUCCUGAAGACACCCUCAGGCAGGAUGAGGAAGAAGAGGAAAACGAAGUCGAGGAUGAGGACAAAUCCUAUGAGGAUAGUGAAGAAGCGGAGGACAAAGCCGACGAGGUUGUUGAGGAGGUUGUGAAUGUUGAUUUUGCAGCUUAUUCCAUCUCAGAUAAUGAUUAUGAUGGAAUUAAGAAAUUACUAGAGCAGGUUUUUCUAAAAGCUCCUGUGAACACUGCAGAACUCACAGAUCUCUUAAUUCAACAGAACCAUAUUGGGAGUGUGAUUAAACCAUCCAACAAUCAAACAAAUGUUUCGGAAGACAGCAAUGAUGAUAUGGAUGAAGAUGCAAUUUUUAGUUUCAUAAGCCUUUUAAAUUUAACUGAAAGAAAGGGUACCCAGUGUGCUGAACAAAUUGAAGAGUUGGUUCUAAGUUUUUGUGAGAAGAACUGUGAAAAGAGUGUGGUUGAACAGCUGGACAAGCUUUUAAAUGACACCACCAAGCCUGUGGGCUUUCUACUAAGUGAAAGAUUCAUCAAUGUCCCUCCUCAGAUUGCUCUGCCCAAGCACCAGCAGCUUCAGAAAGAACUAGCAGAAUCACACAAAACUAAUAAGCCAUGUGGGAAGUGCUCCUUCUACCUUCUGAUUAGUAAGACAUUUGUGGAAGCAGGAAAAACCAAUUCCAAAAAGAGACAGAGCAACCAGAAGGAUGAAUUAAUGUUUGCAAAUGCAGAGGAAGAGAUUUUCUAUGAGAAGGCAGUCCUGAAGUUCAACUAUUCAGUGCAAGAGGAGAGUGACACUUGCCUGGGAGGCCGGAGGUCUUUUGAUGAUACACCAAUGAAGCCCAUGCUAACUGUGAUGUUAAUUCCAGGCAAGAUGAGUGAAAUCAUGGAUAAACUGAAAGUUCAUCUAUCUAUCUAG